UCUCCCAUUAAAUCGAAAAUUGCACAAAAUGUAACUGUGUUGGUGAACAGCUGGAAAUGCUUCAAUAUGUUUGUGCAAUCUGUUACCUAUGUCUUGCAGGGUUAGUAUUUCGAUACGGUUGAAUUUCGAAAGCCUUUACCCUUUCUAACUUCAAGGGGCAUCUCGACAGGCAAUUAAAGAUUGAUGAAAAUUUGUACAUUUGAUUUUUAGACAGUAUUAGGGAGAUUCUUUUACUCUUGCACCUUCGGUAUUCAUUCUUAACAAAAGCUGUAAAAAAUUCAUUCGAAUUUAGAUAUAAUUAAAAAAUCUAUUUAAAACUUACCUUCCUCAACAAUUUAACGACGUAAUAUGUCCUUUUGUAAAAUGACAGGUAAAAUGACAGUUAGCAGAGGAUUGCAACUAUUUUUUUACGUGUUAUUGCACGAAAAUAAAAAAAUUUUUUAGUCUGACAUACAUAUGUAUUUUACAGCCAUUGCAAAUAUUUUUCUGCGUGUGUUUUGUUGUUGUGUCGUUGCAAGCUCUAAAAUUCGUGCGGGGAUUCUUUUGUCGCUCAUUAUCGGCGAAAAGAAUCCUCGUCUGAGCAUGCACAUACAUGGCUCAUGACGUUUUGACAGUUUUGAGUUCUCACAAUAUAUGUUUUGUGAACUGUUUUCCCCGCGCAUUCACAAUAAUCAAACUAGCUAUAGGUACGCUAACCUCAACUUGGUAAAAACGGUUCUGCCCGGUAAUGAACUUUCUUUUUCAAAAGUGGCCAUACACGACACACAUGUGCGUUCAAUCGGUAUGUGUGCGACUGCUGUUUACUCGUGUAUGGGUUUGUACCACUCCAUGUUCGCGAAAAUGUUUGAUUUUUUACGAUUGGUGUGCAGUAUGGCGCUGUGUGCACACAAAAUCUCAUUUUUCUCAUGUCGCCGAAUAGGAAAGAUCGCGGACUAACAAUUUUCCGCUUGCUUGUCGCAUAUGUUCACUGUGUGAAGAACGCACGCAAAAUUGAUUUAUAUGUCGUGUAUGGCCCCUUUAACUGACAGAUGACUGCUUAUCAGACAUUGAGAAAACGACUGUAAUAUCGGUAUUCUGCUUGUAUACUACUACUACUAUACAGUAUACUACUAUACUGUAUCUGUCAGAAUACCAAAAUGAGACUCCUGACUAACAGAGUCACUAAAUUACGAUUGUGACAAUUAGAGACAUGAGACAAUCGUGACAAGCAGAAUACCGAUAUAAAUGACAUUACUGUAUUAUCAAACCUAACUGAUUUGGUAUUAGGAAACUAAAUUACUCGAACACCAUUUUUUCACAUCAUUUGCUUGCAUCAUUAAUGUUUAAAUUUUUCUUAGCACAAUCUUCUAAUUUGUUUAAACGUAAUACACGGCCCAGUAUAGAAUGUUUGAAAAAUGAUCGUUUCUAUCGUGAUCCGCAUCGACCGGUACAUAAGAUUUGGACCAACACUGAAUGUUCAAGGUACUUCCUUUGUUUAGAUGGUGACGUUUUUGAAUUCAAAUGCUCGGAGGGGUUAUUAUUUGAUGUUGUCAGACAAAUUUGUGAUUUUAAGCAGAAUGUGGAUAACUGUGAUAUUACUGCAGAAAAACAAAUCCCAAAACCACUAUUGGAAAAAGGUGGAUGCAAAGACAAAACACAUUUAAGUUGCGCAGACGGCACUUGUCUACCAAGCGAAUAUUUUUGUGAUGGAUCCGUUGAUUGUCCAGAUGAAUCCGAUGAGGGUUGGUGCGAUAUGGAUAAUGACCCCAAUGCUGCUAUUUCAUGUGACAUGCGUAAAUGCCAUUUACCCGACUGUUUCUGCUCUAAAGAUGGUACACAAAUACCAGGACAAUUAAGCCCAAAUAUGGUCCCACAAAUGAUAACGUUAACGUUUGACGAUGCAGUGAAUUUUGAAAACUUCGAUUUAUAUACAAAACUUGUGUUUAAUCCAAAUAACCGUAAUCCAAAUGGCUGCUCAAUUAAAGGCACAUUUUUUGUCUCACAUCAGUAUACAAAUUACCAAUUUGUGCAGAAACUAUGGAACGACGGUCACGAAAUUUCUGUACACUCUGUAACACACCGCGGACCGGAGAUGUGGUGGACAAAAAAUGCUACUAUUGAGGACUGGUUUGAUGAAAUGGUUGGUCAAGCAAACAUUCUAAAUCGUUUUGCGAAUAUACGAAUGGAAGAUAUUAGAGGCAUGCGUGUACCAUUUCUUCGUAUUGGCUGGAAUAGACAAUUUUUAAUGAUGAAAGAGUUUGGUUUUGUUUACGAUGCUUCGAUGGUGGCCCCUUUUAGUAAUCCCCCACUUUGGCCUUAUACCCUGGACUUUAAAAUGCCUCAUAGGUGUACAGGCAUCAAUCAGAAUUGCCCGUCUAGAAGUUAUCCAGGCAUUUGGGAGAUUGUGAUAAAUCAGUUAGAAGUAGGCGACUUCACAUGUGGUAUGAUAGAUAGUUGCCCAUCUCAAUUGAAUGGCGACGAUGUGUAUCGCAUGCUAAGCCAUAAUUUUAAACGACAUUAUUUGUCGAACCGUGCUCCACUCGGAAUAUAUUUCCACGCAACAUGGUUUAAUAAUAAUAAUUACUUGGAGGCAUUUUUGCGUUUUAUGGAUGACAUGCAACAGCUAACGGACGUAUAUUUUGUCACACAACAGCAAGUUAUCCAAUGGAUGCGACGACCAACAAUUACUUCAAACUUAAAUACAUUUGAGCCAUGGGGUUGUAAACCACGUCAGUGGGAAUCUAAGGAAGUAGUUUGCAGUAUCCCAAAUACUUGUAAACUACGAAGUCGCGUCUUGCAGCAAGAUAGAUAUUUAUAUACUUGUAACGAAUGCCCAAUACAAUAUCCUUGGAUACGCAAUGAAUUUGGUUUAGAUUAGUAUAUCUUAUUGUUAUAUUAUUUACCGUAUUUUUAUACCAUAUAAAUAUUAAAUUAAAUAUGAAAUCA